UUUGGUUCUGUUCGAAAGUACAGUAAAAAACAACACUGUUGUUGGACAUGCGAAGAAUGCCAGCCAAACCAGAUAAUUGUCAACUUAACUCAUUGUCAGACCUGCGAGAAUCAAUACUGGCCCACAGCUGACAGGAAAAACUGCGAGCAUCUUGAGGUAGGUUACCUUAAGUUGUUCCUCGUGCGCAAGAGUUUACACCGCCGUCUUAAGAAAGCUGUUACAGGACCUUCACAACGCUGUUAUCGCAGUUUUCUUCAUUACAUUCGGAUAAGCAGUUGGUUUGCCAUCUUCCCCAUGAUCCUGAAUUUUAUCGGUAUCGCAGCAACGGUGGGGGUUAUAGCAACGUUGGCGCUUUACUCGGAAACUCCGGUGGUCCGCGCAACUGGUCGAGAGUUGACCUACCUUCUCCUUUCUGGCUGCCUUCUUUGUUACAUCUCAUCUCUGAUCCUCCUCGUGCCUCCAAACCCCACUGCUUGCGCCAUCCAGCGAGUGGGCAUUGGCCUGGGUUUCGCCAUUAUGUACGCGUCGUUACUAACGAAAACUAAUCGCCUAGCCCGUAUUUUUGACGCCGCAAAAAAGACAACGAAGAGACCUGCUUUCAUAUCCCCUCGCUCACAGCUAGCGAUCGCGGGAGGUUUGGUAGGUCUGCAAUUCGCUUUAUCAGCGAUUUGGCUCGGAUUCGACCCGCCCUCAACCCGUGUGGAUCCACUGCAACCAAAUUUCCUUGUUCUACGCUGCGCCAUUAAGGACAGUAGCAUGGUUACCUCAUUGGCGUACAUUAUGCUUUUGAUCGUCGUAUGCACAAUCUACGCAGUGAAAACUCGUUCCAUCCCUGAGAACUUCAACGAGUCGAGGUUCAUUGGCUUCACAAUGUAUACCACUUGCAUUAUUUGGCUUGCGUUUGUCCCGAUCUAUUUCGCCACAAUGAACAGUUUUGAGAUUCAGAUAUCAACGCUUUCCGUCGCAGUGAGCUUAAGCGCCACGGUCACCCUCGUCUGCCUAUUCGCACCUAAGGUCUACAUUAUCUACUUCCACCCUGAAAAGAAUAUCCGGAAGCUCACGAUGAAUAGUGGCCCGGGAAGCAAAAGUCGCUAUGGUAUGUCUAGGUCCAACUGCUCCGCUACAUUGAACAGCACAGAUCUAAUCAUUUCGCAAUCACGGGUAAUGGGUCAAAUCAAGUCUUCAUCAAUUUUAGCCACUUGCAAAUCUCCCCCUGAAAGUUACGUUCGUCAGAGUUCCAGCAUGGGAGCUGACUGUGUAUUCACUAAUGCAAUGGUAACACAAUCCACACAGCCAUCUAGUACCUUAAGGGCAAUCUCAGAGGUACAUGAUCCUCACAACGAAAACGUAAUCUAUGAAAUAUACACAAUUUUUCUUUUACACAAUGAUGGAAAGUCUUGGGCUUAUUUGAAGAACUUACUCUUUUUAACUGGUUUAGCGGACAAUUUACUGGAACUCUCACAGCAGCCUCUUCAAUCUGAGUCAAAUGAUGCGGUUUCGACCAAUGCUCAUGUGUCAUGCCUCUCACCUAAGGACUUUUCAGACCCCAUGUUUGUUUCCCGAACGCCACAAACAACAGUGAGCUCCUCAGUCGGGAAUAGCUUGACGGGUGGAGCAAAAUUACCGUCAUAUCAAGUUAUUGUCUCACCACUGCCUCUCUUACUGGACAAUUUGGCAGUCAGUAUAACCUCAGUUCCGGCUUGCCUCUGCGAAGAAGCGGAAGAAAAGGAAUUUACUGAUGCUUUAACCGAUAGCUCGUCUUCGGUCUACAGUAAUGGCAGAUGCUAUUCCAAUCGGCCAACACCGAGUGACCUAUCUAUUAACGCUCCUAACUGCAAAGAUGACGACGGUGACUCAACCAAUUUGUACUUUUAUCAAAAUCGGAUUCGAGAACAUACAGAUAAUGUCUCUCAAAACUGGAGAAUGACCGAAGACACGGACUCGAAUAUAGAUCUUUGGGAGCAAGUUAAACCACUUGAAGAGGGUAGCAUUUAUCCUCGUGGGGCUGUGGAACGAACCCCACGUCCUUCUCAAUUUUGUGGUCUCGGAUAUGGCAUGUUUCAUAUAAACGGAAAGCCAGACGAAGAAAAAAUAAGUUCUGUGUAG